AUGGCGCUCGAGUUCCGCAACUGGUUUGCUGAACCACCACAAUACGACACAGACCAUCCACCCCCAUCACUCGACGCCAACACCCGCGCCCUCGUAUUAGAAAACAUCGAGCACGCAAUCCAGCAAUUCUACCUCGAUCCUCGUACCGGGGCCAGAUUAAUCCGCGAAUUGCGCCAGCACAUCUCGACUGGUGCAUACGCAGACAUCACGGACGGCAAGGCCCUCGCGGCGGCUAUAACAUCCGAUCUGCAACGCCUUAGCGGCGAUAGGCAUUUCAGAUGUCUUUACGGUAUUAAGCCGGAUGAACCGUCGAGUGAGGAGCAGAGUCGACGAUUGCAGAAGCUCAAUUCGGGCUUUGGCGAGGUGGAGCUGUUAGAUGGGAAUAUCGCUGUACUGGAAAUUCGAGGAUUUGUGCCGGUGCAUUGGGAGGGUGUUCGCAGCAAAAUAGAUCAGAUCAUGUCUUCGUUUGCAGCAGUUGAUGCCCUUAUUCUUGAUCUACGACGUAAUCGGGGGGGCGAUCCGAAAACAGUCGCUCUGGUGGCCAGUUAUCUCUUAGAUGGGCCGAGUGUUUGGUUGCGAAUGGUGAAGCCUGAUGGAUCAGUCGAGGAUUUUGCUACAGAUCUGCCCGGUAAAUCGAAACGGCUUGGUCGCGAUAAACCCGUUUACAUCCUUACCAGUUCAGAAACGAUAUCUGGAGGUGAGGAUCUUGCAUACGGUCUGCAGGCGCUGAAGCGGGCAACCGUGAUCGGGGAGAAGACAGCUGGUGCGGCGAACCUCCCGCACGCAUGUGUACUGAAUGACCUGUUUGUUCUUUUUACUCCUCAUAUGUAUCCUUCUCAUCCUGUAACUGGGGGAAACUGGGAAGGGGAGGGCGCUAUACCGGAUAUCGUCGCUGAAGAUGCGUUGGACACGGUAUACAAUCUUGCCAGGAAAAUAUAG